AUGUCGAAUUACGCUGGUCCUCCUCCCAUCCAGUAUGGGGAUGAUUACUAUAGCCAGGGCCCGGGACAGUACCCGCCCCAAGGCUACGGUCCCCCACAGGGAAACUAUCCGUCAGGGCAACCUGGCUAUGGUCAGCCGCCCGCCCCCUAUGGCCAGGAAGGCUACCCGCCCCCGUACAGCAGUCUGCCCUCGCACGGCCAGUACCCGGGCCCUGAAUACGCCCACGGCCCACCGGUGCCUCCCAAGGAGCGAGACCAUUCGCCCUACCCUCCCCAGCAGCAGUUCCAACCCGUCGGCGCCAAUGCCUCAUAUUAUGCGGAAGCACCGACGCCCAACCAGCAGGGGUAUCCCCCGGGUCAAGGUGGACCGGAAGAUGAGAAGGGUCUCGGGUCGACGGUGGUCGGUGGUGCGGCGGGCGGAUACGCCGGCCACAAAUUGGGCCAUGGGGUGUUAGGGACUGCCGGAGGUGCGGUGCUGGGAGCUAUUGGCAUGAACAUGGCAACCCACUCGAUGUAA